UGCAUGUUAUGUUGUCUAUAUAUAACGGGGCCAAUAUAACAGCAAAUAUAUGUAUCUAAUAUAUCUUUCUCAAUAUAUUAAUUAGAAGACUAAAGACAUACAAUUAUGGGGUAUAUUUGGCAAAGGAAACCUAAGAUUAUCAAUUCUUCCAACUCUACGAUGGAAUUGAUAGUUCAUAUGGAUUGUGGUGGUUGCGAAAGCAAGAUAAAGAGAGCUCUUCUAAACUUAGAAGGAGUGGAUAAAGUUGACGUGGAUAUGAACUUGCAAAAGGUGACAGUAAUGGGAUGGGCUGACCAAGAGAGGAUUUUAAAGACAGUAAGAAGAAGUGGAAGAAAGGCUGAGAUGUGGCCUUACAGCCGAGAGUAUCAACACAACUCAACAGUAGUCCAACAGUACUAUCAGAAUCAACAUCAGCAUCAGCCUAACAAUGAUGAAUCAAUAACCUUAUAUGAUUCAAUAUUUCCCAUUGUCCCAUCCGAUCAAUUCUUUCAGAAUGUUCAUGAUUUUGGCUAUCAUGCUAAUUAUUAUCAAGAGCACAACAGUAGUAAUAGUAUCGUUGAUGACCAGGCCACCUCCAUGUUCAGUGAUGAUAACCCUCAUGCUUGUUCCAUAAUGUAGUCAUCCUUUUAAUUUCAUAUUAUCUACUCUAAUAUAUUGUCUCUUCUCAUAUUGUCAAGUAUUCCUAAAAUGUAAAAUAUUAAUGGUCGAUAAUACCGAAAAUAAGUAAUGGAACAAAUUUUCCGAACAAG